UUCUCCUAACUCAAACCUGAAAGCUCAAAAAUCGUAAUACUACUAGCAAGCAGUAAGAGAAGCUAUUCAAAAUGCCGAGAAAAGGAAUGAGAAGUAUCUUCUUCAAACCUUCACCUUCUCAUCAUCCGCCACGUCACUACUCACUACCACCACCCUCCCCUCUUCGCACCUUCUCCGACACCCUUAUGGACGAUAACAUCCAUACGGCGGAGUCACUUAUAACCAAGUGGGAUUAUAAUAAUAACAAUAAUAACUCCGUCAGUUCACGCCUUUCAAACUCUAGCUCACUCUUCAGCGGAACACGCCUGGAUGCCAAACACUACGUUGACGCCGUCAAGGGCCUACAGGCCGCUAUGAAGUACCUCGUCGCACAGGAUCCCUCCUCUGCUUAUCUCCUUCGAGCACAGUCUCUCAUGCAAAUCGCAAUGAAAACUCUUGAGAGAGAGUUUCACCAGAUCUUAAAGGUCAAUAGGGAAUACCUCGAUCCCGAAACCGUUUCUAACCGCUCCGAAACCGUUUCUAACCGUUCGUCAACGGAUUUCGGCCAGAACAGUUUCUCUGAUAUCGAUGAGAUUGUUUCCGACGACGAGUUUCGACUUGCCGGAGAAGGAGUCGCUGAUGCCGAGAGAGCUUCCAUGCUUGCCGUCAACGAUUUGAAGGGAAUCGCGAAUUGCAUGAUUUCCACUGGCUACGGAAGAGAGUGCGUUAGGAUUUACGUGUUGGUGAGGAAAUCGAUCGUUGAUGAAGCUCUUUACAAUCUUGGAGUGGAGCAGUUGAGCUUCUCGCGUCUCCAGAAGAUGGAUUGGGAGGUGGUUGAGUUGAAGAUCAAGCACUGGCUGAACGCGAUGAAGGUUGCCGUCGGAACUCUCUUCAACGGUGAGAGGAUACUCUGCGAUAGUGUCUUCGCUACCACCGCGCCGGAGAAACGGAUCGCGGAGUCUUCCUUCGCUGAGAUCACUAGAGACGGCGCCAUGAUGCUGUUUGGAUUCCCGGAAAUGGUUGCAAAGUGCAAGAAAACGCCGGAGAAGAUGUUCAGGACUCUCGAUAUGUACCAAGCGAUCUCGGAAAACUGGCCGCAGAUCGAAUCCAUCUUCUCCUUCGAAUCAACCGCCAGAGUCCGUACGCAGGCGGUUACUUCCUUGGUGAAGCUUGGCGACGCCGUGAGGACGAUGCUAUCGGAAUUUGAAUCGGCGAUUCAGAAGGAACCGUGCAAGACGACGAUUCCCGGCGGUGGAGUACACCCAAUCACGGGCUAUGUGUUGAACUACAUCUCUCUCCUAGCCGAUUAUAGCGGCGUCCUCGUUGACAUAAUCGCCGAUUAUCCACAGUCUCCGUUGCCGGAAUCUUUCUACCGAAGCCCGAUCCACGAGGAUAGCACGUCGUCGUCCUUCUCCACGGUACCGUCGCCGGCAAUCUCAGAGAGAAUCGCAUGGCUGAUCCUCGUGGUUCUCUGCAAGCUCGACGUGAAAGCGGAGCGCUACAAGGACGUGGCGCUUUCUUACCUAUUCCUCGCUAACAACAUGCAUUACGUAGUAGAAAAGGUUCGAAAAUCGAACCUAGGGUUGCUCCUCGGUGAAGAGUGGAUGGCGAAGCACGAAGCGAAGACGAAGGAAUACAUAGCCAAAUACGAGCGCGUCGGGUGGAACAGCGUGCUCACUUCGCUGCCGGAGAAUCCCGCGGCGGAGAUCUCAGCGGAGCAAGCUAAGGCUUGCUUCGUUAGCUUCAACACAGCGUUUCACGAAGCCUGCAAGAAACAAAGCGGGUGGGUUGUACCCGACCCGAAACUGAGAGACGAAAUCAAAGUGUCGAUAGCUUUGAAGCUGGUUUCCAAGUACGGCGAGUUCUACGAUAAGAAUAGGGUCGGGUCUGAUUCGGCAAUACGGUUCUUACCCGACGAUAUUGGAAACCAAUUGUCAGAUAUUUUGUACGGCAUUGGAGAAUCGAGUAGUGGCUCGUCGCAUGCUUUGACGACGUCGUCUUCACGUCGCUCCAACGGAAGCAGAAGGUGAUGAUGUUGGAGUGUUGGACCAUGAAAUGUCUUUUGUGUUGCUGUCGUCACGGCUCACAAUAACCUCAAAUAAUAGAGUGUAUCUGUAAUUCUGUAUACUAUUCAAGUAUUUAUACUGUAUAUUGGUCGUAACAUAUAUGGUUUCAAUUUCCUUAUAUAAA